CAUGCGCAGAUAUCCGGUCGAACAGCAUGGCGGACGUCGUGCCUCAACCCAGCAAGAGAAAGCGCGAAUUGGACGCUGAGGAGGCAGAAACCCUCAGAAAAGAGGAACAGGAAGCCAGCGUGGGGAACGGGACUUCUAUCCCAGUCCGGUUACCCUUCUCCGGCUUUAGAGUGAAAAAAGUGCUGAGGGAAUCCGCGCGGGACAAGACCAUUUUCCUACACGGAAAGGUAAAUGAGGCUUCUGGGGAUGGGGAUGGAGAGGAUGCCAUUGUGAUCCUGGAGAAGACGCCAUUUCAGGUGGAACAGGUGGCCCAGCUCCUGACAGGCAGCCCGGAACUCCAGUUGCAGUUCUCCAAUGACAUCUACAGCACCUAUCACCUCUUCCCACCAAGGCAACUGAGUGAUGUCAAGACCACUGUGGUUUACCCUGCCACUGAGAAGCACCUGCAGAAGUACAUGCGGCAGGACCUCCACCUGGUCCGGGAGACGGGAAGUGAUUACAAGAAUGUCACCUUGCCACACCUGGAGUCCCAGAGCCUCAGCAUCCAGUGGGUGUAUAACAUUCUGGACAAGAAAGCAGAAGCUGACCGGAUUGUUUUUGAGAACCCCGAUCCCUCGGAUGGCUUUGUCCUCAUCCCUGACCUCAAGUGGAACCAACAACAGCUUGAUGACCUGUACCUGAUUGCCAUUUGCCAUCGCCGGGCCAUCAAGUCGUUGCGGGACCUCACUCCAGAACACCUGCCACUGCUCAGGAACAUUUUGCAAGAGGGGCAGGAAGCCAUCAUGAAGCGCUACCAGGUGCCUGCAGACCGGCUGCGCGUGUACUUGCACUAUCUGCCCUCCUACUACCACCUGCACGUGCACUUCACCGCCCUGGGCUUCGAGGCCCCUGGCACUGGGGUGGAGCGGGCACACCUGCUGGCUGAGGUGAUCGAGAACCUGGAGUGCCAGCCCGACUACUACCAGCAGCGCACCCUCACCUUUGCCCUCAGGGCUGAUGACCCCCUGCUCAGGCUCCUGCAGGAGGCCCAGAGAAGUUGAGGCUCCCUGGGGCAGUGUGGCUCAAGAACAGAGAUGUGUAUGGUAGGGGAUAAGAGGUGGGCAGGAUUUUUGGCCUCAACUGGAGGCUUUUUUUUUUUUUUUUAACGUAUUUUUGUAUUGGCUUGUUCUUAGUAUGUGAAUAAAAUGCUGGUCUCUUCUA